CACACACACACACACACAAAAAAAAAAAAAAUCUUAAAUCCAAUCCUCCAAAUUUCACAGAGGAUAAGAAAAGGGGGGAAAUCAAAGCUAGGGUUAGGGUUGAAUUUUGCAGAAAAUGGCAAUGAGGAAAGUUUAUAGCGAGAUAAAAGGGAUGAAAGUGAAGGAAGUCCCUAACCACGUGAAACCGAUGCUAUCAAUGGAUUACGUGAAGAAAGCUUUUCAAAAGGGUUUGGACAAUUACAAUUCAAAGUACAUUCAAACCGAUUCGAUCCAGCCUCUUUACCAUGUCUGUUUCGGUGGGAUGGUCUUUUCUUACCUCGUCGCUCUCCCAAAUGAGCGUCGCCAUCUCGAGCACCAGCAACACGCCAAGGAACAUGGUCAUCACUGAUCCCCGCCCAGGUUAAAGAGUGGCAUUUAUGGCAUAAUGCUUCUGGUUGUAAUUUCUGAGCAAUUUAGGCAGGAAGAUACUGUCUUUGAUCAAAUGCAUUGCAGCAUUGUGGUGAUAAAAUAAUAUUAAAAAUAAAAUGGAUUUUUGUUA